UCAAUCACAACGGAUAAAAGGGGGGUUUGUGUCCGAGAAGGUCGCUGGAGAGAAAGCGAUGCGUCACUGUGUUUGACAGAGCAUUCCUCGCGGUGAAUCCGGCGAAGUUCAAGCUUCAGAUUCUUGUACGGAUGCACCGGAAUGUCGGAUUCCGGCGACUUUGUGGCGGCCAAAUCGAGCUACUCAUCAAGGUGCUGAGAUGAAUGGGAUUCAAAACAGAAAAGCUCGCAACGACGAGAAGCCUUUUCCAGGAUGCAUGGGAAGAAUGGUGAACCUCUUUGAUUUGAAUGCUGGCGUGGCUAGAAACAGGCUGCUUACAGAUAAAGCACAUCAAGAUGGUUCACCGGUUCAUAGGAACCAAUCAGAAGUGGCAAAGGUGUUGGAACCCAUCAAACAUCAAAUUGAAGACAAAUCAAUUCAGAAAGGAUACGAGUCGAGGAGGACAUCGUCAAACAAGAAUUCAAGUGGAACACCCAUGAAGAUGCUUAUAGCCCAAGAAAUGUCCAAAGAAACAGAGCCUAAACUCAAGCCACCCAGUGUAGUUGCAAAGCUGAUGGGACUUGAUGCCCUCCCAGGGAAGCAGCUAAACUCAACAGCACAAAGGAGCCCACCAAGAGGUUAUGCACGGACUACUUAUACUCCACAAGGAACUUUGUUGAGAUAUCAGCAUCAAGAAAUGGGAUUUUUGGACAAGCCAAUUCAGCACGACAUUCAUCAAUUUGAUGAGCAGAGAGAGUACAAAGAUGUUUACGAAGUUCGGCAGCAGUCUUCAAGAAUAAAUUAUGUCAGAGAUAAAUCGCUGCAGAAGGGAAACCAUAAUCAAAAUCUAAAUGAGAAAAAUAUGGCUCUUGUUCGUCAGAAGUUCAUUGAAGCAAAACGUCUUGCAACAGAUGAAAAACUUCGCCAGUCAAAGGAAUUCCAAGAUGCAUUGGAGGUUCUAAGUUCCAACAAAGAUUUAUUCCUGAAGUUUCUGCAAGAACCAAAUUCUCUGUUCUCGCAGCAUCUCUAUGAGCUACAGUCCAUUCCUCCACCUCCUCAGACAAACCGAAUCACAGUACUGAAGCCUUCGAAGACCAUGGAAGACAGAUAUGCUGGAGUAGAAAAGCGUGAAGGACAGACAAAGAAACAAAUUCAGGUCAUUGAAGCAAAUGGGUGGGACAAAGACAGGCCCAGCUGGAGUGCUGUUUUUACCAAUCAGAAGGAUGAUAGUUCUGCUCAACCAACAAGGAUAGUGGUCUUAAAGCCUAGCCCUGGGAAAACCCAUGAUGUUAGAACUGUUGGUUCUUCGCCUACCGCAUCACCAAGACUGCCAAGUAAUAAAGGCUACUAUGGGGAACACGAAGAUGAUGAAGCACAAGGAUCAAGAGGGAUAGCAAAGGAGAUCACACGGCAGAUGCGUGGAAGUUUAAGUGGUCACCACAGGAAUGACACUUUGCUGUCCUCUGUGUUUUCCAAUGGCUAUGUGGGGGAUGAAAGCUCUUUGAAUAGGUCAGAAAAUGAGUAUGUAGAGGAGGGAAAUCUCAGUGAUUCAGAGGUCAUGACACCAACUUCAAGACAUUCAUGGGACUAUGUCAACAGGUUUGGUAGUCCAUACUCAUCUUCUUUCAGCCGUGCAUCCUAUUCUCCAGAGUCAUCAGUUUGCAGGGAGGCAAAGAAGCGACUUUCAGAAAGAUGGACCUUGAUGACAUCCAAUGGAAGCGGUCCAGAGCAGAGACAAGUCCGUAGGAGCUCUAGUACAUUGGGAGAGAUGCUUGCUCUUUCUGAUACAAAGAAGACUGCAAUGUCUGGUGAGGCAGAAUGUGAUGGAAGUCAAAACGUCUUGAGUAGCAGGUCUUGUGGUGGUGAACAAGAUCUGAUGGCACCAACAUCAAGUGGUUCAACUAAUAGGGACAAGGAUAAAAGUGGCGAGGUGUCUCCCAGGAAUCUAGUGAGGUCGAGAUCUGUCCCUGUAUCUUCUACAGUUUAUGGGUCCAGGCUGAAUGUUGAAGUUCCAGAUCCUGAGAUGGGUAAAUCCAUUGUCCCUAAAGAGGAAGCCAAGUCCAAGAGUGGGAAAUCAUCAUUCAAGGGGAAAGUUUCAAGUUUAUUUUUCUUGAGGAGUAAGAAAACGAGUAAAGGGAAAUCUAGCUCAUGUUUGGUGAUGGGGACUGAAGAAGAUACUGCGAGCACCCCUUCUGAUGUUGAAACAGUUUCAAAUCUAAUUUCUCCUCAGAAGAGGAGUGAUAAUAUUUCUCAUUGUAUUACUGAUAGUGGCGCCGAAGGGGACCUAUUGAGCAAGAGUUCCUCUCCAGCAAUCUGUGUAGGACCAAAACAAGGCUCUUUCUCAAAUGAGGAAUUAUUGUCUGUGGCAAAGCCUGGUGUGCCGGUUGAAAACCAGGACCAUCCUAGCCCCAUUUCAGUUUUGGAAGCACCAUUUGAAGAUGAUGUUAGUACCACUCCGCUGUCCUCCGGACAUGUAAUGUCAGGUCACUGUGGACAAACUGCGGACCAUCACCCUCUGAAAUCCAACUUAAUCGACAAAUCUCCACCAAUAGAGUCAAUUGCACGGACAUUGUCCUGGGAUGAUGCAUGCAUAUUAUCUACAUCACCCAAUCCAUUGAACCCCUCUAGGUUUUCCCCGAAAUCUGAGGAAGAAGAACAGCUUUUAUUUGUCCGCACAUUACUCUCAGCUGCUGGGCUGGACCAUGAGGAGCAGUCAGGGGCAGUCUUUGCCAGUUGGCAUUCGCCAGAUAGCCCACUAAAUCCAUUAUUGAUUGAAAAAAUUUUCAUGUUGAAAGAUGAGAAGGCACUGUUGCAUGAAGCAAAGCGUAGGCAGCGUAGAUCAAACCAAAAGCUUCUUUUCGAUUGUGUCAACACAGCUUUAGUGGAUAUCACAAGAUACAGAUCAGAUGCAAGCCCUUGGGCAAAGGCAUCAUCUUACAUGGCUAAAAAUACGCAUUCAGCAGUAGGUUCACCAGUAACUGUAGAUGAAGUGUGGGGUCGUGUAAGGGAGUUGCUCUCAAAUGAGGGGAGGUGUUUUUCAGGUGAGAAUGGGGACGACAGCAGCGUGGUAGUGGAGAGGAGGGUGAGGAAGGAAGUGGUAGGGAAGGGCUGGGAGGAGCUUAAAAGGUUGGAAAUGAAUUCCAUAGGGAAAGAAAUUGAAGGAGAGUUGCUGGAGGAGCUGGUAUAUGAGGCUCUUGUUGAAUUAACAGGUUGGUUAUGAUCAAGGCUUUAAUUUUUUUGAUCUUCUGUAUUUUUAUAUUUGCACCAUGAUUAUAUAAGUCAUCAUAAUGAUGCUCUCAGCAACUUCAACUUCUUUAAUGCAACAACUAACUAUCAUGUGUGUAUUUGUUUGACAUUUGAUUCCUCCACCCCUAACCCAAAAUAAAUAAAUUAUG